AUGAAGAAAAUCGUGAAAUCCCGCAAAAAGAAGAAUGCAGAUGCUUCUUUAUUCAGUCGUUUACCAGACGAAAUCAUCCUCCAAAUCGUAAACAAAUUAAUUGAUUUGAAAACCCUAUGCUUUUGCUAUCUGGUUUCCAAACGUUUGUCCUCUAUUGUACUUCAAGUCGAUACCAUUUCAUUCACUGCUCCAUUAGACCCUAACAUUCCCGAUAAGAACACAAUCAGUGAUGUCGACCCAAGUAGGCCGAAUCCGCCUAAACUUUCUUCGUUUUUUGGUGAGUCCUUUCUAUCUGCCAAUGGGUUUUUAAACACGUUUACAGGGGUGAAGUCCUUAUAUAUGGAAUUUCCAUCUUUCGGUCACAGAGAUAUUGAUAAUAAUUGUUUGUUCAAGUGGAAGGUUAAGUUGGGGCACAAAGCUCUAUCGUUUAUAUUUCUGUCGCCGAGUUCAAUUUGUGAUAAGGAUGGAUUGUAUCUUAAUGGAAAUGUGGGUGAAGAAGAAGACCUCGAAUUACUCAGUGAUUUACUUAAGAAUAAGCUUGCCAUUUCGUUUCAGUGUCUGCAGGAUGUGAUAGCGUGGUAUGUGAUGUUGUUGCACCUCCUUAAUAAUCUACCAAUGUUGGAAGAGGUUUCCAUUACUGAUUUAGGGAGAAGAGGGAGGCUUUCUCUGAGUGGGAAAAAACUCAGAGAGGUGAAGGAAUGGGUACAUUCAGCUUCAGAAACCGUGUUCGAUCGUGUAGAGGUUCCUGAUAUGGUGAGUAAGUGUUACAUUCCUGUUUUGAAAUUGCCAGUUUCAGGGUACGUGAUGAAGGGGGUAUUUUGUGCUGUAAUGGAGAUGAAAGAUCUACAUGGUGAAAAUGAUAAUGGACUUUUGGAUAGUGAAAAUGGUUUUGAAGAUAAAGAAGAGGCUGCAUAUAUUGAAGCUAUGAAGGAGGUUUUGGAGAAGGAUAAUGGCAUGAUGCAGAGGUUUAUGUAG